AUGCAGAGUUUCCCUCCCCGGGACGAGCACCCGGGUGCGGCGCUGACCUUCACCACGCAUCUCGAUGAACUCAGCGAAAUGCCUCUGUGGAAGGUAAAGAAGACCGAAAAAGCCCCCAACAACAUUCGAUCCGGCUGGGCUGCCAUCCAGGGACACAUUGCACCCCAUCUUGCCGAUUCCGUUGCCUAUCACACUAAGCAGUACCUCAAAGAUUGCACUUCCGAGAGUGCUAACAAUGAUGUGUAUUCCAUUGUGAUGAAAAAAAAUCAACAAGGCGGCAGUAUCACCUACCCGCAUGUAGAGCAAGAAAACAAGUUCUACGGACCUGGGGUAUCUUCCGAUCUUGUGCCCCAAUCUCAACGCCGCACUGAGAUCAUCAAGGGAGACGCAAAGGCUAGACCUGUUGCCAAACGCGACAAGAAAAUCGCUUCGGGAUUGACAUCCCUCAGACAGGAAUUGAAAAUUAAUCAAGAGCUUGCCGAAAUCUUCUCAGAGACGGCAACGUAUACCAAAACGCUGAAUCUUCAACGCCGAGCCUCGGAAGAAAAGUUGGAUGGUUUUGAGGACAGACUCACUGCCACCAAUACCACUAUUGAACAAUGCAGUCAAGGCAUUGCAUCUCUUCGCAACCAGGGCAAGGACAAGGAUAAGAUUGAUGUUGAAGAGUACCACCGUCGCACCGUCCAGGCUUUUCGCGAUCAGCUCACUGUCACGAGAACGUCACUGGACAAAAAAGUCCAAGGCCUACGCUUCAACCAUGACGAAGAUCUUCAGGCUGUACAAAAGCAGACCCAAGAUGCUAUCGACCAGCUGGCUCAGGAACUUGGUCGCUUACGCGAGACCGUUGCCGCCAAGGAGAAGACAAUGAAGACUUUCUUUGAUAAGAUUACCAACCGGAUCGAUGGUAACUUCACUACCUUGGCCUCUGGUUUUCGAGAUCAGAUCAAAGAGGCUGUCGGACUUGGCUCCAAAUCGGGAGAUAAACGCAAGAACAAGGACCAACAUGCGGGUAAAGAUGAUGAAAAGAAAGCCCGUGCUUGA